AUGAAUCAGAAUUUUAUUAUUUUUGUUCGAAAAGGUAAACCCAAUGAUCUCAGAAACAAGCAAUUUGCUCUCGGAAAAACUGUUCAGCAAAUUUCUAGUGAAUUAGGCUUAACAGAUGAAAUUUUAGCUAUCGUUACUCCAAAUUACAGAAUACCACUCGAUUUAGACUUAAAUCUUCUUGAAAAGUACCCAGAGUUAGUCUCGACAAAGAGACCAGAAAAGUUCGAAAGAACAAAUCCAUAUGUCGCAAUUGUCCCGAAGGACGAAAUGGAUACAAUUACAAUUAAUGUCGAUGUUCAAGGUCAGGAAGGUGUUGAUUUUCCAUAUUUUGAAUCAACAAUAAAGCUUGCAGAAAUGAAGGAUAAAAAUGGUGGCGAUUUAGAGCAACUUAUUAACUCAUUUUUAAUUGUUCCUCACACAGAAGAACAAUUACUAUUCAACGGAGAACCAAUCGAUAAAACAAAGCCUGCUUUAGAAUACAUUGAAUCUGCGAAAACAACGAGGCUUACACUUAAGGCUGUAUUUGGUCAGAAGGAGCUUGGUAUUUUCGAGCACAGAUGUAAACUAUUAAAAGAAAUGGCCGAUACAGAGUUAACAUACAUAAAUACAUUAAAUCGACUUACAGAGUUCUGGAAACCAAAUGUUCUCCUCGGAAACUUAUUCACCCAGGAAGAAACAGAAGAUAUGUUCAAGCACUUCCCCGUUAUUUCAGCUUGCCACUCCAGAUUUUACGCUUCAAUUCAAAAUGCCGGGUACAAAUUCUCAUCGCAAGUCGCUACAUGUCUUCUAAAUUUCUCAGAAUUCUUCAAGACAUGCUCGUACUACAUCGGAACUUACAAAGUUCAUACGGCAUUACUCGCUGAGCGAAUGAAGAAACAGGAACUCCAUGACAAGAUGAACGAAAUCGAACUUAAGAACCCAUUCAACCAGGCCGAAACACUGGCAUCUUGUUUAAUCACUCCUGUACAGCGUAUGCCAAGAUAUAUUUUGUUAAUUAGAGAAAUUCUCAAGAAAACUCCGAAAUGUCACCCGGACUACCCACUUUUGGUCACUUCUGAAGAAUAUAUCGACCUCGUUACGCGUGAAAUCGAAGUAAAAGCAGAACAUGCUGAACAAAACCAGAAAAUGAUCGAACUCGAGAGAAGAUUGACCAAGUCUCUCAUCAUUUUCUCCGAAACACGUCAGAUAGAAGUAACAUGGGACGUAACAAUUAAAGGAAUGCAAUCAAAAAUUUAUCUUCUUACGGAUUUGAUACUUAUUAACAUAAUCGAAAAGAAGGGUGAGUCAGUACAAUACUAUGCCAUGCUAAAGGAUAUGUGGAUGUAUCCUUUAGAAGGAAAUAAAAUUUUAUUCUACAACGAUAGCAACGUUUCUGACAAAGUCACCGUACAAUUCCAGAACCAGGCACAAUACGAAGAAUUUACAUCCAGAAUCCAGAACCAAAUUCCAAAGCCAGUGGAUGGAGAUUUGAUUUUUACUCCUCUUUCACUCAGAAACCAACUUCCGACCUUCAAAUCAUGCGCUUACGAAGAGUUCGAAGGCACAAUCUACAUCUUUGGCGGUUACGUUGACGGAUCAAUGUCGAAUUCUUUAUAUCUCAUUAAACCAGCCAUGAAAACAAUUACGAAAAUCGAUACCCCUGUUUCUCCUCGUAUCGAAGCACGCUGUGUCAUAGCCCAUAACUCUCUAUGGAUCUUCGGAGGCCAUGGCGGCGAAUUUGACUAUCCGAAAGAUCUUUGGUCGUAUAACUUACUUACAUCUACAUGGUCACAACAUGCAUCCUCACCUGUUGGAACAUCCGCUCAUACGAUGAAUGCCUCUAAAAACAGAAUUUUCGUAUUUGGCGGUUACAAGAGCUCCAAAUUCCGAAAUCUGAUGAUGGUAUUCAGUAUAGACCGCAACAUCUGGCACUCCGCCAUAUUCGAAGGCUCUCCAGAACCAAGAGCUUAUCAUUCAUCAACUUUAAUUGGAGACACACUCGUAGUUAUCGGUGGCAGAAACAAAGAGAAAUACUUCGACGAUGUCCAUUUCUUCGAUGUACAUAAGAUUUAUUGGAGACAAACAGGAAUUACGUUUUCCAACUUCACUCCAAGGGCCAGCCACUCAACAGUUACUUUGGGAAGCUGCAUCAUGGUAUUUGGUGGUACUUGCAAGGAAGGAAAACCACCAGAGGAAGCAAUCAUAAUAAAUACCAAAGAAAAAGUGGCAAAAGCAGUCUCGUUACAUGGACAUUUCCCACGUAAAGUAUCAGAUUUCAUCAUGAUGAAGUGUCCUGUCGACAGUUUAUGGAUAAUUGGUGGUGGAAGUGGAGAUGAUACGAAAGAUGGCUUCCAAACAAUCUUCUCUGCACAGUUUACAGCAGAAAUGAAGAAUUGCACCACAGAAAUUCCAGAUUUCUGCAAGAAAGGAAGCCUUUCUCGAACAAUUAUCAGAAAAUCUUUCUUCACCAACAAUGUUGUCACUCCUGAGAUGUUCGGCAACUUGAUGCACUCAGUAAAGAAGAAAUCCAAGACCAUGCAAGCUCCGAAACAAGUUCCUGUCGUUCAAGAAACACAAUCUCAACCAGGAAAUGAACCAAAUCCAGCUUUGGUGCCAACAACUCAGUCAGAUGUUGACAAUGAAUCAUUUAAUUCGGUCAAUGCAAGUGCAGAUGAAUCAGAAUCUUCAGAUGAUUCGAAAUCAAAUGUAGAAUCACCACUUGUUGCACCAAUUAUUGUUCCUACUGACUAUAAACCAGACGAAACUCCAGCUCCGCAACAAAAAGAAGCUAUUUCGGAAAAUUCAAAUCCUCCUGUCGAAGAAACGAAGAAAGAAAUACCGAAACAACAAGAAGAGAACGAAGAAGUAUUGGUUCCUAUACCAGUUGAAGCUCCAAAGAAAGCUGGAUCAGAUGAUGAAUCAGAUUCUACUUCUUCUGACUGGGAAGGCAUCAAAACAGUUACUAUUGAGCAAACAGUCUCUGUUCCUCAGACCGUGGUCAAAGAUACUGAGUCUACAUUGGCAACUCCUCAAUAUCAGGAAGAAAAAGACCAAAAACCAGCUCUAGAACCAGUCAAAGAGGAGCCAAAGCCUGAUCCACAGCCAGAGCCUGUUAAAGAGGAACCAAAGAAAGAAAUCCAGACAUCUCAAAAAGAAUUACCGGCAGUACUAAGGAAAUUCGCUGCCAAGGAGAUCAUCGAUCGCCAUCCUGCAUCAAAGGAACCUCAAAAACCAGAAGAACCCCAGCAAAAACAAGAUGAACAAAUUGAAGUUCCAGUUCCUGUUAAACCUCCUCAGCCAGAGGAAGAAAAGGAGGAAAUUGUUGUUCCUGCCAAAGAAGAGCCAAAACAAGAACCUCCAAAAGUCGAAAUUCCUCAAAAACCAGAAGAACCAAAACCACAACCAGUCAAAACUCCAGAACCAGCCCCAGUCAAAGAACAACCAAAAGAAGAGCCAAAACCAGCCAAACAAGAGGAAAUUAAACCGAAAUUACCCGAACCAGCUCCAAAACAAGAACCAGAACCUCCGAAACAAGUCGAACAACCAAAACCAGUUCCGAAACCAGUCGAAGAACCACCUAAACCAGUUAAAUCCGAAGAAAUUAAACCGAAAUUACCAGAACCAGCUCCGAAACCAGAAGAAAAGCCACAAAACCCAGUUGAACAACCAAAGCCAGUCGAAGAACCACCAAAACCAGCCAAACAAGAGGAAAUUAAACCAGAAUCAGCUCCAAAACCAGAAGAAAAACCAGCCGAACCAGAGCAAGUCAAGAUUGAGCAGCCAAAACAAGAAGAGCCACCAAAACAAGGCACGGAGAUCAAGAAAUCUCCAUCGCGAGAACUUCCAGCUGUUUUGAGGAAAUUUGCAGCACAAGAAAUCAAAACAAAAGAAGAACAACAACAGCCACAAACAAGGACACAAACAAUAACUAAGACACCAAGUAGCUCUAACAUCCAAACUAAAGCUCCAUCACCGGAAGACAAUGAUCCAUUGUUACAAGAACUCGGAAUCAAUAUAUCAGGACUUGCGACAUUCCAGAAGAGAGUAAUUUUGAGGAAGAUCGCGACAUUGAAAGAUUUGAAGUCACAGAACCAAAUAUUCAAGGACAAAAUACAAGAAGCAGAGGAAAUGAACUCAAGUACAACAGCUUCUGAGAUAUAUCCUAUCUACAUCAAAGUGAAAGUCGGAACACAAGUUUUCGUCAUGAAAAAGAACUCUGAUUUGAGUUUUGAUGACUUGUCAAAGGAAAUUUCUAAAGUCAGCGGAAAGAACAUCAGUCAGGCAAAGAUAAGAAAGGCAAAGAACAGUUUGUCUGGUGAGAAUUACUCAAAGGAAGUGAAAAUGGCUUCUUCUAAGUUCCAUCCAAUUGAUAUCGAGUUUUAG